AAUCAAUGCUGCGUUCAGAAACACUCUAUACCAUACACUUGUGUACAAGUUUUUUUUGUCGCUUGUUAGAUAUAAGACAAUGAAGAAUAAACUUCUGGUUUAGAACAGUAUUUGUUUGUGAUUGAGCUGUAGUAUAUUAUCAAACAAUAAUUUCAGCUGUCCAACAAUGUGUUUAAGUUAGUUAUAAGUCUAAUAAAAAGGUUAAGUAAUGUCUAUUUUCACAGUGUUGAAAUUUCUGUAGAAAGAAAAAGCAAUGUUGCAACGAUCCCAUUACUUUCCAAGUUUUAUUCAAAAUAUAUGUCGAUAUCAUAAGUAUCAAUUGUGUAUAUUUCAUGGAUUAAGUAUAAAAAAUGCUAGUAUUAUAAUAAUGCCCAAAUAUGGUAUACCGUACAAAGUGCAUACACUUUCCACUUAUACGUAUAUAUGUAGUAAUAAAAGGAUAGAUAGAUAUGAAGAUUGUAGAUGGACCUAUUUAAAAAGAUUUUUGUCUGAUGAUACAAAGACUGACAAAAAAUCAACAGAUGUUCAGCAGAGAAUAAUAGAACUAAAGGAAGAAAAAUUAGGCCAAUUGAAAGAAAGAAUAUUAGAUAUAGAAAUUAAAUCUAAUGAAAAAGAAAAGGACAAAGUGACAAACAUUGCUGAAAAGCAGUUUGUAGAGUUUGCAAAAAAUGAUGCUGUGUCUAAGAAAGUAAAGAAGAAAAUCAGAGUUGAUAAAUCAACAUCCUCUUUGGAACGUAAUUUUAUUACUCCCGUAAGAGCUAUGUCAGACUUUUUAUUAAAGCCUUCUGAUUUGGAAUCUUUACCAAAAACAAAAAGACGCUCUCCCUAUGAAUAUGAACCACCUAUAACAGUUUACUGGAGAAAAGAUGUCGAAGCUAAAGCAUUGGAAGUAUGGGGAUCUCGAGAGAUCUUAUUGAAGGAACUUUUAAAAAAAGAAGUUGAGAGAAAAAUUUAUCAGCAAAAUGUUUUUACCGUAAAGCGGAGAUUAAGAGAUUAUAGGCGAGAAAUUGGCAACAAGGCAGAGAUAACUCAGAAGGAAGGUCUUUUUGGAAGAUCUGGAAAAGUAGUAUUAACUGCAAUAGUGAUAAAUGCUAGUAAUUUCUUGUGCAAAUUAAUUGCUUGGAUAUAUACUGGCUCGCAUAGUAUAUUUUCUGAAUGUAUACACUCGGCAGCAGAUACGUUUAAUCAACUAAUUUUAGCAUAUGGUAUUCAUAAAUCCGUGCAGAAUCCAGAUCCCGAUCAUCCGUACGGUUACACGAAUAUGAAGUACGUUUCUUCAUUAAUAUCGGGAGUGGGAAUUUUUUGUGUCGGUACGGGUCUUUCGGUCUAUCAUGGAAUUCAUGGUAUUCUUUUUCCCGCGCCGUUAGAUUCUUUCUUUUGGGCAUAUUUUGUUCUGGGUGGAUCUUUAUUGUCAGAAGGAGCAACUUUAAUGAUUGCAUUGCAAUCUACGUUGAAGGGCGCGGAAGAAAAAAAAGAAAGCUUCAAAAAGUUUGUAUUGGAAGGACAAGAUCCGUCUGUAAAUGUUGUGCUUAUGGAGGAUUUCGCAGCUGUACUUGGAGUUAUUGUUGCAGCUGGAUGUAUGGGAUUGACAUCGUAUCUAGAAAAUCCGAUGUUUGAUGCUAUUGGCUCGCUUUUGGUUGGCGGUCUGUUGGGUGGAGUAGCGUCUUUUAUAAUUUAUUCGAAUGUUGCCGCGCUCGUAGGAAGAAGUAUAUCGCAAGAGAAUCUCGAUAAAAUUAACGCUGAAUUAGAAGCAGAUAUAAUGGUUCGUGCAAUUCAUGAUGUGAAAGGUAUUGACAUGGGUAAUAAUUUAGUAAGAUACAAAGCUGAAUUAGAUUUUGAUGGACGAGAACUAACAAGAUCUUAUUUAGAUAAACAUGAUCUUAUUGCAAUGCUAGAGGAAGUAAAAAAAAUGCAAAAUAUUGAUGAACUAGAAGCGUUCUUAUUGAAACACGGCGAAAAUAUUGUAGAUAUGCUUGGUGGAGAAAUUGAUAGAAUAGAAUUAAAACUAAAGAAAAAUCAUCCAGAAAUACGACAUUGUGAUCUAGAAAUUCUUUGAAAACGAUAAAUUAAUAUUAUUCUUAUCAUAAUUUAAGUUGCAGUUUUUACAAAACUAAGUAUAAAUUAUUUUAAUAUAAA